AUGCUGAGGGCUCCUGUUGAUGAUGUCGGUGCAUGGGGAGAGUCAUUCGACCAUCUUCUGGAGUGUAAAACAGGCCAGCUGGUGUUUGAGGACUUCUUGAGGACAGAAUACAGUGAGGAGAACCUUUUAUUUUGGCUUGCCUGCGAGGACUACAAGAAAAUUACCAGUGAGACAGAAAUGAUGACUGCUGCCAAGAAGAUCUACACAGAGUUUGUCGAAGUUGAUGCGCCUAGACAGAUAAACAUUGACUAUGUGACAAGAGAAGAAAUCAGUGAAAAUCUCUCCCAGCCGGAGCCAAAUCGCUUCGACAGGGCGCAGAGACUGAUAUACGGUCUGAUGGAAAACGACUGUUAUCCGCGAUUUCUGAAAUCCGAAAUGUACCAAGUUCUCCUGGGACAGGCUGAACAGCAAUGA